AUGGUCCUCGCGUCCGCUAUUCGUUGUCCUCCAGAAGUUUGUCUGCAACUUGACUCCGAAGCCAUAGACAUCAUGUUCUCCUUAUCAAUCAUCUCAGCCCUCGUGCUGGUCUCAAUUCAACAAGCUCUGGCACAAUCCUGCUCUGGUUUCAAUGUUACCACCGACUACUCCGACUCUACGUAUACGUCCAUCAGCCGUAGCUUCAUCAUCAGCAAAGGGAUUACCUGUCCAUCUUCGCAAAACUGCUCUCUUGAUACUGGUGGCUGGGUCACCGAUGGUCGCACCCUGAAUAUAUCAGACCAAGCUUCAGCAAAGUCCAUAUACGAGACCAUCUCCAAGGUUGUCGAUCUGGACUUUAAAGAGCCACAGACCUACGAAGUGACUACCAUCCAGGAUGCAUUCAAGAUUGGCAACAGCACAAGUGCUUAUGUCGUUUUCACUCCCUACACCAUAUGCGCCACAGGCAUACUUUCUGACUGCGAGGGCAACGACUUGGAAGGUCAGACUGUGGAGGCUUGUACACUAGACAAUGCAGAGAAUGGCGACAGACUGAACGGACUCACCAAUUCAGUCGUUACUGAUCGAGAGAUUGCCGGGAGUCUGACUUGCAACCCGUCUAACACGACGCAAGCAAAGAACGGCAAUUACACUGGUAGUUGCACCGGUGCUGAGGAUGCGACAGGUGCAGGAAGCACUCUUGGUGGCGUUUCUCUGGCCCUUCUGGCCACUUCUCUAUUGGUCGCUUUUGUUGGAUUCUAG